AGGCCUCGAUCGUCGCAACAUCUCAGUCUUCGUGAAGCAGCCCAUGUUGCUGGCAGGAACAAUGUCAUGGACUUUCUCAAGUCGUGCUGGACCAAUCUUCAGGCUGUAGAAGGCUAUUCGCACAUCGACUACCUCAUCUACAGCCACCAGGACGCGACAGAUGGCGACAAGGGACUCUGGGACGACCUCGAGCUGCGAAAUGAUCUUCUCCUCGGCUUGCGACAACGAAAGGUGCUGGUUCAGUCAGCUGUGGCGCAGAAGAAGGUCUGCGUCUUUGGAGGCUUCAAAGCAGCUGACGAAUACAUGAAAGAGGUGGGAUGGAAGGUGCAUCAACAAGGACGCCUCGAGGCCGCGCUCCUGACACGCGCCAACAACGAUCCUAAGAACGUCAUGCAGAACCAACACAUCUUCACCAUGUUUCUUGCUGCUGUAGAGGCUUCACUUUCAAUCUCGCUCUCGACGCUAUGUGGCGCAGUACGAGUUGGACAUCUGACCUGGAUUAUCCCGACCGAGGGCGACUACCAACUGCUGUCACUUCGCGCGCAAAUGACCAGUCAAGGCACACUCGCUCUCCUACCUCACGCCUCCAACACGGGACUAUCUACUGCUUCUGAAAAAGACGGUACAAACGUAAUACUCGCUCCUUCGGGAACCCCUGCCACCAUCGCAUCGUCGCUUUCCGACCUCGCCUUGAACGACGACGCCCCUCCAUACCAAGCCCGGAGAGAAGCGCGUAUGCGUCUCAGUCGUAGAGCAAAAGACGAUUCUUGGAAAGAUAAUGCGACUACGAAAUUACGCCAGUCGAGUCUGCCGCAUGACGAAUCUUGGUUACGCGUCAGUCUGCGAUCAUCCACCUCCUCCGAACAAGUCGCGUGUUUGUGGCCUGGCCCGCUGUGCUUGGAAAUCCCUUCACGACAGUCUCCGCCUUCUAUUCAUGAUACCGACAGUAUGCAAUGGUUCGACUCGAAGAACCCUUACGACGAUCCCCUCAAUACAGCCGAGUCUUGGUUUCUUGGCCAGGAAGAGCGUGCAGAUUUGGAAAAGAAGACUUUACAGGCUGAAAAGGACAAGACUGCUGUUGCCAACAAUCCGCCGGACGAACCGAUAUCCGAUCAUCUGUCCGUCACCUCGCCUGUAUAUUCGCGUAGUAUCCAGGAUCAGAUCAGUGUGAACGGCAUAUACCCGACCCCUCCUGAUGCUGUGCCACCAAUCAUAUGCGCAGACCCGUCGAUACCUAGUGUCAUUGUUUCCGACAAUCCAAUCGAAGCAUUACCUGGUCUGCCCGAGGACAACCCAGACCAGGAUCAAGACCAAGAUAUGAGAAGGAAUAGCAACACUUCCGACGUUGACAUCGAUACUGAACAUUACCGCAAAGGCAGCACCGAUGACUUGUUCAACGAUGUCGACGAAGAGAUGUUUGGUAAUCCUGACGUGACUGAUGCUGAUUUUAGCUUCUUUGACAACCCUGGUGGUCUCCACGCGAUGCCUGCAAUGCCUACAAUUUCUGGACCUCCUGAGGAUAUGACGGAUGUUCUACCGGACCCUACGCCAAAACCGGAACCCGACAUGUACCAUCCACCGCCUAUACAAUUAGAGCCCGAGGAAAACAUACCAGAAGAACCUGUCAAGAUUCAGGACAAGCAGGAUUCAGAUAUCAAGGUCGAGGAGGUGCCAGAGGAGAUCGCUUCUACACCACCCCUCAGUCCACUCAAGAUCAAGGAGAGACUUUUACCAUCAGGUGAAGGGGAAGCAAACGUUAUCGGACUGCGACGCGACAGCACAUUUCUUCCGGUGGUUUUCAAGGGAGAUGUCAUCAACUUUGAUGCCAAAUAUAGGACAUUGGGCAAAUUUGACAGUAAACUUACCAAAAAGAGUGAAAACGCGAACCGGUCUAAUAGUAUCGCACUUCCGGAAAAGCCGUUUAGAACACGCAUGGUCAAGCCUUUGUCUCAAGGAAGAGCCACUGUUGCUGUCACCAAGUUCACACCUCGAGAUGACGAUAUUUCUUACCAAGACUCGGAGCUGGAGACCAGCCAGGAGUCGGACUCGGACUCUGACAGUAUCUCUUCCGUCGAAGGAAGCCUUCGAUCUCUGGACAUUAGGAAAAGAAAAAGAAUCUCUGCCGAUGAGGGUCCAACACCGAGACUGCUUGCUGAAUCAGUCGUUGAGAGUGAUGUAGAGAGUAUUGUUUCCGAUGCAACUGCAAUGGCCGAUCCUGGACCCAUCAUUGAUCAACUGGUUGCUGCAAAAGAAUCUGGAAACAGGAUUACAGAACAACAGCACAAAUUUUCUGAUAAUCUUUCCAUGUGGAGGACACCCUCGAAGACACUGCCAUCAAAUCAGGAUUUGAACAUUUGGUCUGUCCUGGAUUUUACAGCUGACGAUCUGGUUGAUAUUGCUCAACUCGUCGCUGAGCAGAGUACAUUCUCUACGUCUUCUUCGCUCGAGAGCUCAAUGAAUCCUACAGUCGGGUCGCCUGUGUAUUAUACUGCUCAAGAUGCUCUCAGGCAAGUCUUUGAGAAGGCGCAAGAUUGCGAUUUUGCCAAAGUCGGCGCAAUGGCUGCACACCACGCUGAACAAGCCAUCGCAGCCGCUGCCAAGAGUCAACAGCGUCCCAUACCUCGACGGCCUGGUACUGUCAAUUCAGUAAUCACCAUACCUGCUCCAGCUGUUCAUGUUCGUCGAGCAAAUCAAGGAUGGGAGUUGCAGCCUACGGCUGUCAGCUUCUGGGAGACUCUCGGUCUUGAGCCUGCACAUGGACCAAAGGAUGUUGUAGCAUUUGCUCUAUAUCCUGAUUCUGGCGUAGUUUGUGAAGCUGUCGCUGAUUUCAUGCAUGAUGUUAGACUGGCGUAUGAGAACCGCAAGUUCGGGUUUCAUCAUGUCGGCGGAGAGACGAGUGAGCAUGAGGAUGGAUUGAUGCCAUACAAGUCGCAUGGGGAGACUUCGGUUGUCAACAUCCUUCAAGGUAUCCAGACGGCAUGCAAUGCGCUCGGUGAUCUGCUCCACGAUGCUGAACUUGAAGACCCCAUCAUCAUCUACAUGGUCGAUCCUUUCCAAGAUGAGUCCAUGACCAAAUAUCUCUGCGGCUGCUUUCAAGCUAUGCUCAUAGCAUACUCCUCCGACCGCGAAGAUCCACCACCACUGAUCUUGCAAAUCAUUCCGAUGAGCCGUAUCGCGUGUCCAACUGCACUCAUUGUCCCAGAUCAAAUUUGGCUAGCCUCCCUCGCCUCUUUCAUCUACGACCGCGUCCCCGCAAUGGAAAAGAACAAUCAAAAUUCUGCCUGGCACAAAUCCUCAUCCCCAAGCAUCCAUCUCGCAACUCCUCCCAGCCGCAAAAUCAAUUUCGCACUCACGGAACGCACCCCCAGAAAUCUCCUCGAAGAAGCUCAAAUUUUGCAUUUGGCUUAUGCCGUCAAUGCCGAUAAUUCAUGGCUCAGCGCAGCUUGGACGGACAACACUGGCCGCCAUCAAUACCGCGCUUCCUACUGCCUCAGCAACACGGACGGCAGAGUCGUGCUGAAUGAACUCAGGGAUACAACAUUAGCACUCACCCGCACCUCACACUGGCGCAUCUUCGUCGCCCGCGCCGGCGUCAUGCGCGACUGGGAAAAACGCAUCUGGCGCGAAAGACCUUCCGAAACUUGGAGUAUCGCGCUCUUGGAUGUGGAUAUCUCGCCUUCACUGCAGGUGGGUGCGAAUACCGAUGUAGCGGGACAAGGACAAGCGGCAUUCAUGACACCGGCGGCUACACCACAGGCAUCAGCAUUUACGAGUCCAGAGGGUGGAGCGCAGGGAACCACACCUACUGCUGGGGAAACACCGCAGCAAACAGUGCUGGAAAGCCAGCAGCAGCAAAUGCCUGAUCCAGAUGCUUUUCUCAUCGACAACACGGAUGAAACGUGGGGUGUCCUUAUGCCCUUCUCUUGCACGCGCAGCACCACUCUUUCCCGCCCACUGGCUUCUGGGUUACUUCUUAAACGUGGCUCUUCCUCCUCUGCUGGCACUGAUCCUUCUGCCAAUUUUCCAUCAUUGGCUGUGGAUCUCAUGGAUGUCAUGCCCCCGCGCCUGUUGGAUGGCACGCCCUCAUGGCUCACGCAACGGGCCCCGGAAACCGUGCUUAAGGAAUGUCUGGUCUGGUUCAGGGGCUUGGGCUUACUCGGGAAAAUCAGAAGUGUGCCCGGGUGUGAGGCUGGGAAUGUACCUUGGCAUUUGGGUGUUGCGAUACAAGGUGUUGAUGCAUUGACGGGGUUUUUGGAGUAGUGCUGGAAGAAAUGUGGGCGUGGGCUUGCAAAGGCGUAGUGAGGCGUGCAAGAUACAGUAAUAGCACAAGAUCUAGAAAUAUGUUGUGUGUUGUUGUGUUGUUGUGUUUUUGUGAGAAUUAAAUCCCUCAAGUAUUCGCGGAGACAUUUAUAACCCCUCUGAAUUAUCUUCAAAAGAUAGGAGUUCAAUCC